GCCGACAUGUCGGACUGUUGUACACGGGCGAUAAACUGGCGUCGCCGCUUCUGAACCAGCGGCUGUGGUCUGGUCUGGCUUGGCUUGGCUUGGCUUGGCUUGGCUUUGCUAGCAGCUAGCUCCGACACCGACACUCAGGACAGUAUAACCCCCCCACCCCCCCACCCCUUCGUCUGGCUGCUGCAGACCUCGUCCAUGUCUGAGCUGUGGGCCUACAACUAGGCUGAAGGUUGGAUCUGUCCAAUGACCUGCCAGUCCUCCGAGUCCACAGACACCAUCGAGAGCGACAGACGAGCCGACAACAACUCCAGGGCUGUGGAAUCGGACGAGAGUCGCAUCGCCUCAGCCAUGAAAGACCUGAAGAACACAGGCUGGUACUGGGGCAGUCUAACCGCCACUGAAGCCAAAGAGAUCCUGCAGGACGCCUCGGAGGGAACCUUCCUGGUGCGGGACAGCUCUCAGAGGGAUUACCUGUUCACCAUCUCAGCCAUGACGUCGGCGGGUCCCACCAACCUGCGCAUCGAGUACAAACACGGGAAGUUCAAGCUGGACUCGGUGGUCCUGGUCAAGCCCAAGCUGAAGCAGUUCGACAGCGUGGUCCACCUGGUGGAGCACUACGUCAUGCUGUCCAGGACCAGCGACAAGGCGGCAUCGAACUCUCAGCCCUCGGCAGCACCGCCCAACGGCACGGUGCAGCUGCUGCUCACCAAACCCGUGUACACGGCCACGCCUUCGCUGCAGCACCUGUGUCGUAUCACCAUCAACAGGAGGACGCGGCGGGUCCAGGAUCUGCCGCUGCCCAACAGACUGAAGGACUACCUGACAGACUACGCCUACAACGUGUAGACAGGGGGUGGGGCUACAGCUCAGCUCAAUGCAUCAGCUGACCACUGACCAGUCCCAUCACCUGCUCUACAGGUACCCGGCAGGGACACGCAAUAACCAUGCUGAGGUCUCCCUCCAGACGGGGGUCAGAGUCUCAGCUGGAGGUCUGCAUCCUGAUCACAGACACUUCAGGGUGGAGGCGGAGCCACCAACACUGAGGUACUGACCCUGACCACGACACGAGCAACACAAUACCCCCCCCACCACCACCACGCAGUCACACUUCCUGGUCUCCUUUCAAAUUAAAGCUCCAAACCAGAUUCCCCUCUUUUAUGAACAAAUAAAAAGCUGCUUCAGACUCAUUAGUUUCUAAUAAUAAAAUGUUCUAAUUUCCCAAAGUCCAAACGUCUUUAAAUGUUUCGUUUUCAGGUCACUGUGACAGAAACAGGAGAUCUGUGACUCUGGCCUGAAAAAUCAUCAACAAAUACAAAAGUUAAAACCACAACAGGAUCACAAACAAACAGAGAGAGAAAGAAGUUUGCAGUUUUCUGCUGCUCAGUGAAUAAUGACUGACGACUGUUUGAUCACCAAAUAAUUAAAGAUCAAUUUCUAAUAUUGUUGCAGCUCAAACUUGAGCUGACGAUUAAACUAUUGUCACGAUUGACGAGAAGCAGGAAGUGUCAUUUGAACUGAAUAAACUUUAUUGAUACAGGACUUUCAAAAUAUUCGUUACAAAACAUUAACUAAUUAUUAGUUAGCAGUUAUUCUGCAGGUGAAUUAUUACAGUUUAAUAAUCAUGAAGUGGAACUGCACUGUUUGUCCUGCAGCUAUUGAUUGCUGUCAUCAUUAAUUGGUUUAUUAAAUGUCAAACGGUUUCCCAGGGCAACGUGGUGUUUUUUUUGGUCAAGUAAAGAUCGGUUCAAUAAAGUUGAAUGAACCAGGUGAGUCCGAUUAAAGUAAAUCUACUCCCACGCUCACCAUCGACCCAUAAAUAAUAUCUCUGAAGCUUCGUUUUCUUCUUGUUAUUCCUACCUGUAAACACAGGGAACGGAGCCAUCUGAUUGGCUGAAGUGAAAAGUUCACCUGCGGCCAAACGUCAGUGAGGUUUCUCCUGAUCGAUGAGCAGCGUAGAAAGCAAACUCUUUCCUCUGAACACACGUCAGACUCUCCGUCAUGUUUGACUUUGUACCUGCUGGAUGUAGUACUCUGUAACUGUGGACCAAUCAGAUCGCAGGAAAACACAACACCUGUUGAUACUACGCUGCUGAAACUCUGUACUGAUCCUCCGUUUCACAUGUUCUCAAAAUCAGUUCUUUUAUCCAGAGAUGAGUAAUUAUUUGAAAUAUAAUUAUGAACGGGUGAAAUAUUCAAAUCUCAGCAGCUGCAGUUUUUCUGACAAAGGUAAAAUGUGUCACAUUGUUAGCAUUAGCAUUGUUAGCACCAUCAGUGUUGUGGUGCUGCAGAGACGCCCUGAUGAAAAAAACGUCCCUUCCAACUCAAAUCGCAAUGUUUUAUUUAUUUAUUUAUUUUGCAUAUCGUGCAGCCUUAAUUUCAUCCAUUAAUCAAUUAACAGAAUUUUCUCGGAGUCCAAAUUUAACGAUCAGAUUAACGAUCAAUCAACUGACGAGUUGUUUGAGAACGAUUCUCCACUUCUCAUUUAAAGAACCAGCAGCAGGAAACAAUAUUAAUAUUGCAGCUGAUCUUUUCCUGAGUGGAAGUAGUUCUAACGUCUCAACCUGCGACUGAAAACCGAAUAACAUUAAAAAAACAAGAUCACAGAUCUAAAAUUAAGGGAAAGAAAAACUCUGCAGGAGAGAUGUUUGUGUUCAGUCCUCACUCCUUCAAGUGACCAGUAAUAAAAAUCUCAGAAACUCAGUUAAAAUGUUGAUGACAUUUAAAACUAUGUGAUAAUAAUCAAAGGUAAAAUCAGCUGUGAGGUCAGAGGUCACCCUCCGUGUUGGCGUCACUUCUCCAGUCUGUCAGGGUUCAGGUGUCAGGGUGAUGUGGUCAUGUGACAGUGGGUCACUCAGGUAAAUGGGACUUUGUUAUUGCACAGGUUUGUCCGCAGGUUCGAUGCUCGUACUGUUGCGUCUGACACUGUGUGAACUCUCCACCACGUUUCUGUCAGUGUGGAUUAUUCUCAUGUUCCUCUUCUGUUUGUAUUUUUGUAUUGGGGGGGUAAUCAUGGAUGGGGGGGGUCACUUCUUUUCUCCCUUAGCUACAUGAUGAAGUGGACGAACAGUUUCCUGUUUGCAUGAUGAAUGAAUAAAUCUUUAUUACAUGAAACAAUGAGUAGGACAAUAACUGUACAUAUCUCUGCUGUGGACCUGAACCUGCAGCUCAGCCUGUUUGAUUUUAUAAAUAUUUAUUGAUUGUGUCACACUGUGUUUUCUGGUACAGUUUUUGACUCUGAGCAUGUGUCGUCCCUGACGCCGGCGGGCGGCGAGCUGCAGCGGCUCCGCCUCUGUAACGUCGAUCAGCUGCAACCAUGAGAAAUAAAGUUUUAUAUGGUGGUUCA